UGACGUCAUAUCCAAGAUGGCAGAAGGCUCUGUGGCUGUGGCCAGUUCUGGAAGCUCUAACACGCGAUCUUGCCGUGGCACCUCCAACCCUUCGGAUAACUACAUAUUGGCCCGCCGAAGGACACUCCAGGUGGUUGUCAGCUCUUUGCUCACAGAAGCUGGAUUCGACAGUGCAGAGAAGGCAGCAGUAGAAACGCUGACGGAGAUGUUGCAGAGCUAUCUCACUGAAGUUGGUCGCAGUGCAAAAUCCUACUGUGAACACACUGCACGUACACAACCCACUUUACCAGACAUUGUAGUUGCCCUAAUUGAAAUGGGAUUUAAUGUGGACACUCUGCCCGCAUAUGCCAAGCGCUCUCAGAGGAUGGUGAUAACUGCACCCCCUGUGACAAAUAAUCCUGUUGUCCCAAAAGCUUUGAUAGCGGGGCAGAACAAGCCGCAUCCUGCACAUAUUCCAAGUCAUCUUCCAGAAUUUCCAGAUCCCCACACUUACAUUAAAACUCCGACCUGUCGUGAGCCAGUUGCAGAUUACCAAGUCUUGAGAGAAAAAGCAGCAUCUCAGCGUAGAGACGUGGAAAGAGCACUUACACGAUUUAUGGCUAAGACAGGCGAGACACAGAGUCUAUUUAAAGAUGACACAAGCACUUUUCCUUUGAUUGCUGCUCGUCCUAUGUCCAUUCCGUAUUUGAAUGCUCUUCUCCCAUCGGAGCUAGAACUACAGCAGGUUGAGGAAACGGACUCUUCUGAGCAAGACGAUCAGACUGAUAAUGAGAACCUCUCCAUGCACCUUCAGGUAGAUGAGUCAGGCGCUGAAAAAGAAAAUUCGUCAGUUCUGCAGCAGAAUUCAAUGAAGGGUGGCGAGGAGACCCUGAUAGAUAAUCCUUACCUGCGACCUGUCAAAAAACCUAAAUUAAGACGUAAAAAGUAACGGCAUCACAAAUCAGAAGGGAAGGUUUUCUGAGGACAGUUAGACUGCUUGAUUGGAAAAUGAUGAAGAGUGUGCAGUGCGCACUUACUACCUCUACCCUUUGCAUUUUUGCAGUUGGGCUUUCUCAAUUAUUUGGAUCUUCUAUGGGUGGCUAUGCUAUAUUGUUCUGAGCAAUUAAAUAAUCUCCAUCAAGAAGGAAAUCGUAGGACAGAUCACCUAAGACCUCAUGCACACAACCUUAUCUUUCAUCUAUCUGCAUUCUUUGUGGAGAGCACACUGACCUACUUAUUUCUAUGGUGCCAUGCACACAUCCAUGUUAUUUUGCAGAUCUGUGUGUCUGUUCUGCUAAUUUUCUGUUGAUAGGAGUGAGAAAAAUGCAGAAUGCACCUGUAAGGUAUCAGUUUUUUGCUGAUCCACUGUUUGCAGACUGAAAUAUGGACGAGGCUACGCGCAUAAGGGCCUAACACUGUCAAAAGAAGCUUUCCGGUGAGCAGUGAUCUUUUCUUUGUUUUGUUUUUUUCUAUCACUCUUUCUUUUUUUAUAUAAAUAGAUAUGUGUGCCACGUUUUGGGCAUUGUACUAAAUUUCAUAAUUAAAAAAUGGAAAUUGUG